AUGGUUAGGACUCAGGAUGCGUUGGAGGGGGACCAUGUAGUUUUAGUGUUCAAGGUAUAUAAGACUGGCACUAAUUGUAUUUGGAGACCUGAAAGCAAUAAUAACCCGUUAGACCUCAACAACUACCCUGAAGACUACGGUACUAGAGACGGUAAACAUGUCAUGGAAGAGGGCUCUUCUUCUGGUGGUGCAGGGUACAGGAAAAAGAAAAGCGGCGGUAAGGAUGGGAAGGAUGAGGAGAGCGGGAAGGUGUACGAGUGUAGGUUUUGUUCCCUCAAGUUCUGCAAAUCUCAAGCUCUCGGUGGACACAUGAACCGACACAGACAAGAGAGGGAGACAGAAACCCUGAACCGUGCUCGUCAACUGGUCUUCACCAACGAUAACCUAGCCGCCCCUCAUUUAGGGUGCCACCCGAUUGCACCAGGCGAUCCGUUCAGGCCAAUGUACCAGCAAUCAAGAUUGUACCCUGGCUCAUCCUCCGUAACGCCGCCGCAGGGUCCACACCAACCACUACUAUACACAUCUCCUACGCGAUUAGUCCCUUAUCCCUCUCAAUACCCACUACAACAACCCAUCAACGAUUACUACGUUGGUCACGCCCUUACCCCACAACAAUAUCCUCACCAAAAUCUAAACUACAUGGGCGGACCAGACUCCAGCAAUAAUUACACUUGUGUCGGUGCACCGGUUGGGCAGGUGUUAGGGCACCGCUCGGGCCGGGGUAGUUCGGACAUGGGAGGAGCAGGAGGAGGUGGAAGAGAUGGGUCUGUUCAAGAGGAGGGAUUGAAUUGGGGGAGGAACCAUGGAGGGAUUUAAUAAUUUGGGUUCUAAUCUUUUCUUUUCUUUUCUUUUUGUCUUGUUUUUAUUUUUGGAAUUUGUAGAAUUAAUUGAUAGUAUGGUUUGACACGGAAUCUCUAUCCAGAGAGAGAGUUAAGAAACUGACAAAUGGGGUCGGAGGAGGAGGGUAGCAUGCACGGAAGGAGAGAAGCUAUUUUGGUUUAUGUAUGUACACACAACAGCCAACAGGGGUAUGAGGCAGCUUUUUGGGGGGCAUAUAUAUAUGAUAUAUAUGUGUGUGUAUAGUCUCAGCUAGUUUGGCUUGGAGUGUUAACUUUGUACUCGAGUACUAACCACCAAUUC